GGGAGGGGCGGGCGGUUACUCACUCCAUGGCUGCGGAAAGAAGAGGCGACGGCGGCGGCGGCGGCGGCGGCCUCGGCUGAACGAUCGGUGGGAGCAGAGAGUGCUGGCGCGGAAGAACAGAUAGAUGUCCUGCCUCGCUGGCCGGUCUCAUCAUUAACCACCAUGAAGACAGCAAAGGACCUGGCUUCUCUGGCCUAACAAGGCAGUAGGACAGAGCUAUCACCAUUUGCCCUGGUUCUGCCUGCACCAGAGGAUGACUUCCGUUCCAGGCUGACCAGAAAGGCCAUGAGCGCCAGGAGAGCCCCCCAAAGACCAGCAUGCACUGGAGCAACAGAUUCUGGACCUCGAGAGACAGCAGCUGCCUCUUGAGCCAUGGCUUGGCUGGCCCCGCGGCUUGUCCUUGUGGCCAGCAUCCUUGGCCUGGCAGCCUCUCUGGACUGGAAGGUGGCCUCCAGCCUGAAUCCCUUCGAGAAGUGCAUGGAGGACCCUGAUUAUGAGCAGCUACUCAAGGUGGUGACCUUGGGCCUCAAUCGGACCUUGCAGCCCCAGAAGGUGAUCAUUGUUGGUGCAGGUGUAGCCGGGCUGACAGCCGCCAAAGUGCUCAGUGACGCAGGACACAAGGUCACCAUCCUGGAGGCAGAUAAUAGAGUUGGGGGCCGCAUCUUCACCUUCCGGGAUGGGAAGACAGGCUGGAUAGGGGAGCUGGGGGCCAUGCGAAUGCCCAGCUCCCACAGGAUCCUGCACAAGCUCUGUAGGAGCCUGGGCCUCAACCUGACUCAGUUCAUACAGUAUGAUGAGAACACGUGGACGGAGGUGAAUGAAGUGAAGCUGCGGAACUAUGUGGUGGAGAAGAUGCCAGAAAAGCUGGGCUACAACCUGAGCCACAGGGAGAGAGGCCAUUCCCCAGAGGACAUCUACCAGAUGGCACUCAACAAGGCCGCCAAGGACCUCAAGGCUCUAGGCUGCAAGAAAGCCAUGAAGAAGUUCAACAGGCAUACGCUCCUGGAAUACCUCCUUGGGGAGGGCAACCUGACCCGGCCGGCGGUGCAGCUCCUGGGAGACGUCAUGUCCAAGGAAGGCUUCUUCUACCUCAGCUUCGCUGAGGCAUUACGUGCCCAUAGCUGCCUGAGCGACCGACUUCGGUACAGCCGCAUCGUGGGUGGCUGGGACCUGCUGCCGCGGGCGCUGCUGAGCUCGUUGUCCGGGCCGGUGCUGCUGAAUGCGCCGGUGGUGGCGAUCACUCAGGGGAUUCAUGAUGUGCGUGUGCACAUCUCCACUUCGCUACAGUCUCGCAGCCUGAAGGUGCUGACCGGCGACCUGGUACUGGUGACGGCCAGCGGGCCCGCGCUGCAGCGCAUCACCUUCUCGCCGCCGCUGACACGCAGGAGGCAGGAGGCGCUGCGUGCGCUGCACUACGUGGCAGCCAGCAAGGUUUUCCUGAGUUUUCGUCGGCCCUUCUGGCUUGAGGAGCACAUCGAGGGCGGCCACUCCAACACCGACCGCCCAGCGCGCCUCAUAUUCUACCCGGCGCCGGACGAGGGCGCACUGCUACUGGCUUCGUACACGUGGUCGGAUGCUGCAGCCCCCUUCGCCGGCCUGAGCACAGACCAGGCCCUGCGUGUGGCACUCAAGGACGUGGCAGCCCUGCACGGGCCGGUCGUGUUCCGGCUGUGGGACGGCACGGGCGUGGUCAAGCGCUGGGCAGAGGACCCGCACAGUCAGGGCGGCUUCGUGGUACAGCCACCAUUGCUCGGGCAUGGGGAUGAGGAUUAUGACUGGUCACUCCCCUAUGGCCGCAUUUACUUCGCAGGCGAGCACACGGCCCAUCCACAUGGCUGGGUAGAAACCGCUGUCAAGUCCGCGUUGCGGGCCGCGGUGAAGAUCAAUAAGCACUGGUCUAGGGUACCCAGCCCCGAGAAGCAGGCCAUUCUCCAGAGGCUGGAGCACAUACACGUCAGCGAGGAUGAGCAGCAACAGGUGGAAAGCCCCGAGGGACAUGUGUUUGUGGAGGCCAUCCCCCAGUUGCAGGAGCACGUAACCGUGGAGACCAUUCCCCAGGGGAAGGGGCAUGUGCAUGUACACCAGAAUAUCCCCUCACACGUGCAUGAGAAAGUCUUCCCUGACGUGCACGGGCAUGUGCAUGAGAAAGUCUUCCCUGACGUGCACGGACACGUGCAUGAGAAAGUCUUCCCUGAAGUGCACGGUCACGUGCAUGAGAAAGUCUUCCCUGAAAGGCACGGGCACAGGCAUAUGCAUGAGAAGGUCAUCCCUGAAGGGCACGACGAGCACAGGCAUAUGCAUGAGAAGGUCAUCCCUGAAGUGAACGGGCACCUGCACCCCGGGGGACACAGGCAAAUGGAAUCUGGUUCCCAGCGGAACCGGCACAUGCACUCUUCGUGCAAAGGGGGAGGAAGCACCUAAUUCCCAGCCCAGUCCCCUCU